AUGGCCAAUACCAAAAGUACAAAACAUUCUUCCAACAGUUCAAACUCAACCACAUACACUGGUAACUCUAACUUAGGUGGUGGCGGUGGAAACGGCGGCAACAACAAUAACAACACAAAUAAUGGAAGUGCUGAACGAAACGAAAGAAGUGAUCGUUUAGGAAGCGGAGGAAGCGCUGGAGGAGGCAAUAGCAGUAUCAGUAAUGGCGGUGGUGGCAGUAGUAGUGCAAACUUAUCUAACUCGCCUACUUCCUCAAGACAAACGACGGCAGGCGUGAGUAACGGCAGUAGUAAUAAUAGCAAUGGGAACGGUAAUAAUAACGGUAGUGCUGGUGGCAAUAAUGGUAGUGGAACAAGUCAACACCACCGAAAUCAAAGUGUUCCGUCAAUUGACGACGGAGGAGGAUACACUAGAGAAAAAGAGUCCGGCACUUCUUCGUCAGCUGUCGCUACAGUCCCAACGAGUACCUCUGGUUCUUCUGUGACAUUUUCAUCAUCCCAUUACCAAACUAAAAGGAUUCAAAAGGGAAAGGAACCCGUAAAAGAAAUACCACCGUUUGAUUUCAAUACGCUUGAUAUUUCAGUGUUACGACGAUACCGACGAAUAUAUAAAUUAAAAAUUGCUGAGCCAGCCACUAAAGAAACAUUAGUACGCGAGAUCACAAAACAUUACCAAGCUCUAAAACCCGUAGAGAAUGAUGUUAUCGCGCAAUUUUUGUAUGGUGUACAUAAUCGUGAUAAUGUAUUGAAGCUUCCUAUUCCUUGA